AUGGCCGAACAAAAGAUUGACGCAGUUGUGCUUCCCCAAAAACCCAUUGCCCAUACCCUCGAUGAAAAGAAAGGCUUUGGUGUUGAGGAUAAUAACAAAUUGGCUGUCCGUGACUCCGCUUCUGAUCCGGAGAACAUCUUGACCCCAGAUGGAGAGGAGCCGACCGAUCUCGAGAAAGCUACCCUGCAGCAUGUUGCUGAGAAUCUUCCCUUGUCGGCAUGGCUGGUUGCCAUAGUUGAGCUCUCGGAGCGCUUCACGUACUAUGGAAUGAACGGCCUGUUUCAGAAUUACAUACAGCGGCCUCUUGAUGGCAGUCUGGGUCGAGGAGCUCUUGGCCUGGGUCACCAGGGUGCAACUGGUCUAACCACCUUUUUCCAAUUCUGGUGCUACGUAACUCCUAUCUUUGGUGCUAUCGUUGCGGAUCAAUACCUGGGGAAAUAUAUGGCCAUCUUCUGGUUCUGCAUAGUAUAUAUCAUCGGUCUCCUCAUCCUGCUUCUGACAUCGCUCCCGCCUUCACUUGCACAUGGUGCUGGCCUGGGCGGCUGUGUCACUGCGAUAAUCAUCAUCGGCAUCGGCACUGGUGGCAUCAAAUCGAACGUGGCCCCCUUAAUCGCGGACCAAUACAAGCGCAAGAAGAUGGCCGUCAAGACCACCAAAAAGGGUCAGCGUGUCAUCAUUGAUCCCGCCCUGACCAUCCAACGGAUCUACAUGAUUUUCUACGCUUGCAUCAACAUCGGCUCGCUCUCCCUUCUGGCCACUCCGUACAUGGAAAGAGAUGUUGGCUUCUGGUCCGCAUUUCUUCUCACACUCUGUGUCUUCCUUGUUGGAACCUCUGUCCUGAUCCUCGGACGUAAAUUCUACGUCGUCCGCCCGCCAACUGGAUCGGUCAUCACCGAUGCGUUCAGGGCUAUGUGGGUCAUGGUUAAGAACCGGAACAUGGACGCGCCCAAAAACUCCUUCCAGUUGGAGCAUGGUGGCGGUCAGACGUUCCCUUGGAACGACCACUUUAUCGACGAACUCAAGCGCGCCCUCGUUGCUUGCCGGGUGUUCACAUUCUAUCCCAUCUACUGGGUUGUGUAUGGUCAAUUCUCUGGCAACUUUGUUACACAAGCUGGCCAAAUGGAAGGACAUGGCAUUCCAAAUGAUCUCAUGCAAAACUUCGACGCGAUUUCCAUCAUCGUCCUCAUCCCGAUCCUUGACCGCCUCGUAUACCCCAUUCUGCAGCGGCUACAUAUCCCAUUCCGCCCCAUCAGCCGCAUCACCCUCGGCUUCAUCGUCGGCUCAUUGGCAAUGAUGUACGCCGCCAUCGUCCAGCACCUCAUCUACUCCGCAGGUCCAUGCUACGAGCACCCGCACUGCGAUCUGUCUAUCGUCGACGGCGUCGCGCGCGGCAACCGCGUACACAUCGGCAUCCAGACGCCAGCAUACGUCUUCAUCGGCAUCUCCGAGAUCUUCGCCAGCGUCUCCGGCCUCGAGUACGCGUACACCAAGGCGCCGCCCUCCAUGAAGAGCUUCGUGCAGUCGAUGUACCUGCUGACCAACGCGUUUGGCUCCGCGCUCGGCGAGGCCCUGCUCCCGGCCGUGUACGACCCCGCCAUCUUGUGGAUGUUUGUGGGCCUGAGCUGCGCGUCGUUCAGUGCCGGUAUCAUUUUCUGGCUCACGUUCCACAAGCUGAAUGACCGCGAGGACGCGAUGAAUGCGCUGGACCUGGUGGGCUUGGAGGUAGAGACGGGUGAGAAGGCCGGAGCGACUGUGGCUGUCAGGGAAAACGAGCACGCAUGA